CCUUCCAACCCACCCCUCCGAACCGGUUUUCCGGCGAUGUUUUUCCCCGAGUCACCGCUCGGUAGCCCCUUCCAAACCGGGUUCCCGCAGUGGGAACCGUUUGAUCCGCCGGUUCUCUUCCCGGUCGACGAAGAACCGGCUGUCUUCACCCCACAAUCCUCCACAGAACCCGUCAGUUCCAACUCCGGUUCCGACGAACCGCCCUGCGAUUCCUUAACCGUUACGCCCGGUCCGGACUCGGUCUCGGUUAUAGACGAACGGAAGCGGCGGCGCAUGAUAUCGAACCGGUUGUCGGCUCGGCGGUCUCGGAUGAGAAAACAGAAGCAUCUGGAGAACCUGCGGAGCCUAUUGAACGGGCUCCGGUUCGAGAACCGGGAACGUACGGUUCGAGUCCGGUUUAUGGCGCAGCAGAACCUAAUAGUCCGAGUCGAGAACGAGCAUCUCCGGUCGGAGGCGGCGGCGCUCCGGCGUCGGCUGUGGGACAUCCGGCAGGUCCUGCUGGUCCGGGAGCUUCAGCAGCAAUUGAACUCCUCAUCUGCAAUAGUGCCACUAAAUAAUAACUAUAAUGGAGGACAAUUUAAACACCACUCUUUAAUUACAUGAAAUUUAUUUAAAUCAAUAAAAUUUUAGACGAAACCCUAAAGCCCUUUUGUGCUGCUUUUGAGGGAUAAUUUUAUUAAUUAAAGAGUGAAUUAUAUAUGGAUGUGUAAUUAAAGUAAUUAUGUUCCAAAUUUGGUACAAAUUCUC